GUCUUCGGUGGACAUGAGCCCUCUAAGUCUUGCUACAUUUUUAAGGUGAUAAUAUGCAGAUUUUGUAACUGAUUUGAUGUGACUUUCGAAAUGUAAAUCAGAAUCCAUGAUAACCCCUAGAUUUCUGGCUUUGAUUGAGGUUUUCAGGGACAGAGAGUGAAGGUGUUGGGUUACUUUAAGCCUUUCCGUUUUAGCACCAAAUACAAUUAUCUCUGUUUUAUCCUCAUUUAGCUGAAGGAAAUUUCGGCACAUCCAGUCUUUCACUUGCUCAAUGCACUGGCACAGCAGAUCUAUGGGCCGAUAGUCUUUUAACUCAAAUGUAAUCAAACUGUAUCGCUUUAGCUAUUUGUUUAACUCUUCGACUUUAUUGGUUUCUACCUCUCUUCUAUUUCGUCUACUCUACUCAGCAUAUAUGUUCUUGUAUCAGCUCACGUUAUCCACUAGGCGGCGUCAAAUUAACAAAAACACAACUCUCCUUUUUAUUCUUAAAGUUAUACAUAUUAAAUAAAUUAGUGGGUGGGUAGAGGAAGUGAAGCUACUACAAUGAGUUCGUUCUAUGCGUUUUACUUGAUAGUAUCCAUAACUGAGAAACGAAAUCUCUAAAUAAUGAUGUUAACUUAAAUGAGCAAUGUGACCAGAAAGGUGAGUCUUCAACGUACACCCGUCUGCACUCCAGGAAGGGUCGGAAGGAACCUUGUUCCGCUGCUUACGCUGUUUACCACCCGGACAAAGGAUAGUUGCAACAGCAAUGCUAGAAGAGGAAGAUUUCCGGGCCUCCGCUACAUCACCCUCAGCUCAGCGCCUCCAGAAGAAGAAGAAGAGGUCCAGGAGUGUGAAGAAGAUGAAGAGGAGGCAGGAGCUGGAUGAAGACGGCUUCGUUCACUCUCUGAGCCGGCUGUGUCUCCUCAGCCUGGCCGACAACAUGAAGGCCGUGUGGGUGAAGGACUACGAAGAGAACUAUCUAGACCGCUACCACUUCACGUACAUCAUGGGCCCCAUCGAUAGCCUGCCGGGGGGGCUGGUGGAGGAGCUGACCGCCCUGCUGUGCUCCAGGAAGCAGCUGUCCCGCGGCGCUGCACUGCACCUCCUGGUGGUGCCCCAGCUGCGAGGCCUGUCCCUGGCCGCGUGUCCGGGCCUGGUCACCCCCCGCGUCUGCUCCAUCAUCGCGGCGCGCUGCCAGAUUAUUUAUCUUAUAUCCCUCCUCCUCAGCACAUGUCUGGACCUGUCUGGGGCUCAGCAGGCCUCCCCCCAGGCUCAGGGAGACAUGCUCCGCUCCAUGCCCAGCCUGCGCUCCCUCUCCCUGGCCGGGACCCCCUGUGACCGGGGGGUCAUCCGGACCAUCGCCCGGCACUGCCGGGCACUGCGCCACCUCGAUGUAUCCCACUGUCACCUCCUUUCUCCCGCUGAUAUUCUGCCUCUGGGAGGCGGGUCUUCCCUCGACGGUGCGGCGCGUUGUACCGAUUCAUUGGCUGGUCGCGACGCGUCUACGCGUCACCGCGGCGAUUCUCUGUCCUCCGCCGUCACCCGUUGUCGCCACUCCUCUCCAUCCUCCUCCUCGUGCUCCUCGUGCUGCUCCUCCUCCUCCUUCUGUGCGCUGCCUCUGAGAUCCCUGCUGGCGACGGAUAUCGGCUUAGGGGAGGAGGAGGGGGAGCCGGCGGCGACGGCUGCCUACCUCCUGCUCAGCCUGCCUCUCCUGGAGAGCGUGGCCCUGGAGGGGCUGGACUGGGCCCUCGGGGCCAUUCACCGCCGGGAGUUUGACCCCGCUGAGGGGCUCACACGCAGGGAGGGGGUGCCACGGCUCGAGGAGGUGUGGAGGGAGAGGCAGAAGAAGCACUGGACAGACCGGAAGGGGAAUGAGGAGGCCGGGGCAGAGGGGAGCCGAGAAGAAAGAGAAGAAGAGAGCUGGGAGGUGCACACGGGACCCAGAGCCCGGACGGAGAUGAAGGUGAGGCUUCUGGCGGAGACGAGGAGCCGGAGCUCCUUGCGGAAGAAGAGGUGGGCGCGGGGGGCAUCGGGGAGCAGGAUGCUAAGGGGUGCGAUGGUAGUGGGGCCGGGCGAUGACAGUCUGACCCUGCGUCUUAGGGAGAUCCAAGCGAUGUCGCCAGCCUCCCUGGAGGUUGCAUUUCGGCUGUGUCCACACAUCCAGUCCUUAGCUGUGGCCGUUGACUCGGCGGAGGGUACCGGGGGUAGGAGGGACCAUGGGUGGACGUUGGCCGCCGGGCUGGGGAACUGGUCGGGUCAGCUGCGUAGCUUGACCCUUCGUCACACGGGGCCCCUGGGCGACCUCCUUACCCCCCUACGAGAAAUGGGCUUCACCCUGGUUUCUCUCACCCUGGAAGGGGUCAGAACCAGCCCGCACUGCCCUCUACUGGAGGUCUUGCAGGCCUGCCCCAGACUGAAGGCGCUGGUGGUGUCCGCCCAGCCCCCCACCAGCCCACCGUACGAGGACGAAGAGGAGGAGGAGGAGGAGGAGUUGGGGGGUGCCCGCGAUCUGCUGAGGCUGCCUCACCUCUGCUCCCUCAUGCUCAGUUUUGACUACGAGCAUCAGACAAAGCCUGCAAUGUCCUGGAGGGCCCUGCAGAGGGUGCUGCUGAGCCUUCUGUGGGGCUCUCCCCUGCUGGAGAGGCUAUCUCUCACCGCGCUGCCAUGUCACCUGAACACCGUGCUCCGUCACAUCAUCUCCAGCCAGACCUGGAGCCUGCACUGCCACCAGCACCUCCAGCCUGGGGCGGUCGCCGCGUCCACACCGCCCUCCACGCCACUCGGACGCGUCACACAUCUUGGCCUGGCCCGGAGCGACGUAACCAUGGCGACGGUGAUGCGCCUGGUGGAGGGAUGCAGAACCAUGAAGUCGGUCGACCUCUCUUGCUGUUGGGGGGUCAGCCACCAGGAUGUGUUGAAUAGCUUGUUGAAGUGCCCCCGCGUCACGUUUGACUGGCUGUAACAGAUGACUCAGCAACAGAUUCAGACACUAAGGGAGGAAUCGCACCGGUAUGAAUUGUCCUCUUUUGAUUAGUUUCACUGGUUUGUUGACUUAAAUCAUGUUGGGCAUGCGUAAGUCCUGCAAACAGUUGAACUUUAAAUCCGUUGCCCAAUUGAUCCAGGUCAGGACAAAAAACAUUCUCCUGCUAAUUACACUGCGGUCAAUAACAGUAACAAAUGGCAGAGGUUAACACUUCACAGAUCACUACGUUCAACAACACACGAUGUACGCCCAGAACUUGUAUUGUGGUAUUGUAGAAAUAUUGUUUGUGAAAGAGUUCACAAUAAAUCUAUUCACCUCACCCCUUAUACUCUACUACAGUCAUGAAGAUUGUUUAAUGAACUCUUUGUCUUCUGCCUUGUGAUAAUCAUGCCCAUACUAGGGUAACAACCCCUCUAAUCCAUUAGUCAUCAUGGGUGACUUCCUGUGUGACAUUUCCUCUCUGCUUAAAGGCAAGAAACUUUUAUCACACCUAGACAAGUAAAAAAAAUAGAAUCAAUCUAAUGGAGUUUAGUAAAGUAAAUUAAUUGUAUAUAAAUCCUUAUAACUUUUUCUUGGCUGUUUUUUUCUAGGUCAUGUAUGACACGGUGUAUGCGUCAGUGUGUGUGUCCCGGUAGUUAGCGUGCUAGCCGAUGUGAGUCGUCAUUGUGGAGACCUCAGCUCAGACUGGUCUGAUCUGGUUAGACUCCGGGAUAAUGACGACACAGAGGGUCACCCCUCCCUGUUCUCAGUCUCUUUCUGGCUGUUGCUGAGCUACGCUUUUUUCACCCUCUACCGGUUCUCAGCUCUCCUUCUCUCUCACACACAGUACUCUCACCCUGGCCUUUUCACUCUCUUAAGCCUUCUCUUUAAGAUCUCCACCUUUGGUGUGAACCUGUUUUAUUCUUUGUUGUACUGGACGGAAAAGCACACACAAACACUUUGUUGAACUUGAUUAACCAGGCCACAUUUUCUGUUUAAUGGUCAUUAUGGUUUACCAUUUGUUGUGUGCUUCUGGGAAUUUCCCUUCAGUGUGAUGAGCCUGUCCUAAAACAUUCAGGAACCUCAUCUCUUCUCACAAACUCGGACAGCAAUAGCUUGUGUACUCUUAAAUCUGGAAGGAUAUUUCAGGGAAGCUCCAGAAUAUUCUAGAAAAAUCUGGAAACCAGAGGGACAGUUCUUAUUAUUUUCCGUCACCAAACAGGAAAUCCAAACAAAUGAUCAAGCGGCAGACUUGUUUCUAAAGAACAGUAAAGAUGGUGGAUGAUCCUAUCCAUUAUACCGACCAUAGCUCCCCCAUCUCUCCGAGAGCCCUGCCACUGUGGCAUUCAGUCACAGUCAACAUGGUUGGGCUCAGACAGAAAACAUCUGGACUUUUAGCUCCUUCGUUAAUUUAGCGGGUUACGAAGAAGAGAUGUAAAAAAGUAGACAAGAUUUCCUUAAUAUUUGAAUAAGUCGGAUUCUGAGACAUAUGGUUCAGCCGUUGUCUGGGCCUGUACUUUGUCAGUCGGAGGUCUGCAGCGGCACACCUCAGCUGUUGGGAACAGCUAUCGACGUGACGCCAUCUGCCCACCAGGACUUUGGACAUGCAUAAGGUCUACCAAAACAUAAAGGGUGCUUUCUGUACACAUGGCACCCCCCACACACACCCUGCAGAAGUAGUAGCACUGUGGGUCACAAAGGAGCAGACUCAGACGGGAGUACAACGCAGAGUAUGGUUUAAGGCUGCCUUCGUCUAGGAAAUCAAAGGUCACUUGAAUACAUUUUCAACACAAAAGCCUGUGUUGACCAAUAUGGCGAUUAAGUAUUCUGACUAGGGGGCUAUUCUGAUAUGAGGCGCAGCACUAGCAAAAAAUAAAGAUGUUAAUUCGGAAAACCGCCUGAUACAAUGAGGGUUCACACCAUUGAGAAAUGAGUUAGCCGUAAACGUAUAAAAGUUAGAACAUGACCAGGCCAUGUAAUGUCUCUCUGUACAUAGUUUUAUUUACAUGAUACAAUUCUGUCGUAAUGCUGGAUAGCAAGAUUAUAUGUAAUACAUAAAUAUCAACACAGUUUGUUGUUUUCUUUUUGUACAAAUUUGCAUAUAACUAAGAAUCAUGAAGGGAAAACUCAAACGGAUACAAACGUAUUUUGAUGAAAAUUUUAAAUAAGAAACCUCACAUCCUGACGAUGAAUAAAAUGGGAUGAACACAAAGUCACAAACGUACCCAUGUUUCAAUGUAUCAGGCAGCCAUGACAAAUAAACGUACACACACACAAACCACACGCGCACACACUUACACACACACACACACACUUCUUGGCUCCAUAGCCAACGCAGGGGACAGCUGUUAGAGAUGACGGGGAAGUUACGUUGAAUCCUGUUAUCUAUUAGUUUUCAAUGAAAAAAAGAAAAACUAGAUCUGGCAUGCUCCUGUAGUUCUGUAAACAUGUGCUGUUAAAACCGGGUAGUUCCACAGACAAAUAGAUUGGGGGACUACACACCCAACUACACACACACACACACACACACACACACACACGCACCCAACACCUGUGUCACACAAACUUUUGUUAGAGCAUGAACAAAAUAAUAAUAAUACAUAGCUUGGCUCACAUACCCUAAUUCCACAAACGCACUGCAUACAUGGUGCUAACGUCAGUACUAUGCCAAUAAAAGAGGAAAAUGACACACGAUUUGAUAAAACAGAAAAUAGUCUCUCAGUCGAUUAAUAAUCACCAAAAAACACUAAAUGAGUGAUGCUAUUUCAUUCGAUUAUUAGCCUUUACACACGUUUGCAGAGUGAAGUUCGACCCAUGCGCUUAUCCCAUCCAUUCAUGCCCGAUAAUAAUGAUGUGCUGUUUAUCCAUCCAUCAAAACAUUCCAUACAUCCUGGAAACUGCAACAGGAUCAGCACACAGCCCCCGACACGAGCCUCGGUGGGAAUUACAAUCUGAGCUCAGACCAGUCCGGGUACCUCCCUCCCCACCCCACCCACGUCAUUUACCUCGAGGUUGGCGCAAACAAACACUUUGGCCACACGUUCUCAUGUACCUCCUUCACCAAAAGAAAAGAACUACCUCUAAGCACUUUUUUUAAGAAACGCUAAAAUGUCUGCACUUAGUUGUCGUGCAGGGCGGGCUAGACGACCUUGGAGGGAGAUGUAGCAAUAUGACACCUCAUCCGUCCCAGUGGAAAAAGCAGAAGAUGAAAAAAAUGAACGAAGGGAAGAUAUCAAAGCUCAACAUGGCUGCCGUGAGGUAGGUAAAGCCAGGAAGGACGCCGACAAACCUAAAACUAAGCCCCUUGUGCAUUGUCGGGCUCGGAUGGUAGUAUGGUUCACUGUUAUCAACGUACCCCCAAUGCAACAAAAAAAGGAAAAUACACAAAAGAUGGGACAGAGGUUUUGGUGAACGAGGACGUGUCUGCUUGCUGCGCGGGUACAGACACCCGCCCUCUGACACAGGACAAGGGAAGAGGGAAAAUGGCUGCCUAUGGUUUGGCACAAAAUGGCGCCUGGGUUAGGUUGAGAGAGAGAGAGCAUCCCGGACAGUCACCCGGGGCUGCGCUUCAUAAGACAAUAUAUAUUCUAAACAAAAGGAUUCAAACGGCGGCAAAGACAAACCACAGAAAAAAAAAAAAAAGGGCUAACACUAAUAAAUCAAAA